AUGACAAGGCAUAUAAGAAUAAGACACCCUAGGAAAUUGAAGUCGCCGAUCGAAAAAAGCCUACGUGGCAUCGGCAAAGUUUACGGGUCAGAGUCCAUGCGAUCGGUGUCGCUUAUACCGAUGGACGUCAUCCGUGACCAGUUGGGUCCAUAUUGGGAUGAUGUACCCUUCCGAAAAAUCGCCUUCAAACUUUGUGUGAUGGGGCGCAUCAAAGCGUAUGGAGGUUCUUGGGGUCUACCCGACGCCCCGACGAUCGAGGACCCGUUCGCCCCUUUCAGGUCGAAAAACGGUGAGGAUGAAACAAUAUCAACGGCAAAGUGUUACGUUUCACCAGUGGUACAACCACCACCUGUAUCCUCUUCACCCGAAAUCACGGUCCGCGAUGAUAACGUCGCGAUAACGGAGUCGCAAUCGCCGUACAAGCAAGUCAGAAAGCAGUUGGCUGAUAAAGGGUACCAAGAUAAACUCCCCGAUAACCAUCCAAUUAUUGUGCUCCACUCACGGUACCUUGAAAUGGGCCACGAAAAAGACUCUCAAGCGUGCAAAAACUAUAUUGCAAACGUUUCGAGAGUAUUAAAGUUCGUUUCCACGUGGCUCAGCGACCGUGGCUCGCCAGCACGCAACUGGUCAGAACUAAUGAGCUGUUCCGAAGAGCCAUACAUCGUAUACUUUGAACAACGAGAGAGAUUGGGUCAAACCAUGAGAUCAACAUCGAUAAAUUUUUUAAAAAAACUCCAUUCACUCUUCUGCUCGGCCAUAAAUAUGUAUUCACUGGAAGACAAAACAUUUCCUAAGUGUUUUGACGGUGGUCCGAGCCAAAAAACACUUAGUGAAAUGAAGUUGCUCCAACAAAAAUUAAAAAUUGUUUACUCUAAGAAGCUGAAACAACAGUCAGGGGAGUUGUUUAAGAGGAAGGCUGCCGAAGCAGGCGAGUAUCCAGAGUACUCGGAGUUCGAAAAAGUGAUGAGGAAAAUUAAAGCUUACAUACCCGACUACUUAAAUCAACUAGAGGAGCACUUUGGUCCUGGGGGUAUGGUCAACGUUUCCUCGGACAAAACAUCCACCCCAUCUCAAAAACACCUCAGCAGCAUAUGGCGGAAAACCACAUGUGGGCUGGCUAUCCGCCUGCUGUGGAUUUCAAAACAAAGGAGCAAGGUCGUCAGUAAUUUGCUGAAGGACUAG